AUGCCUGCCGGGUUUCAGCAACUCGGAGGAGAGACAUUGACUGGAACCUUUGUUCUCUCCGUCUUCACGGCUGUCCUGGGAUCUCUGGAGUUUGGAUACAACAUCGGCGUCAUCAAUGCACCUCAGAAGAUCAUUGAGGAGGACUAUAACGCUACGUGGGUGCACCGGUAUGGAGAGCCCAUCCCCACGGGGACCCUCACCUCCCUCUGGUCGCUGUCCGUGGCCAUCUUCUCCAUCGGUGGCAUGCUGUCCUCCUUCUGUGUGGGCUUCGUCUCCGAGUGGCUGGGCAGGAGGAAAGCCAUGCUCAUAAACAACAUGUUUGCCUUCAUUGGUGGAAGUCUGAUGGGGUUGUCCAAGCUGUGCCGCUCCUUUGAAAUGAUGAUCCUCGGACGCUUUGUCAUUGGUCUUUACUGCGGGUUGGCAUCAGGCCUGACACCGAUGUAUAUUGGUGAGAUCGCUCCUACUAGUCUGCGAGGGGCCGUGGGCACGCUGCACCAGCUGGCGAUAGUCAUUGGUAUUCUCAUAGCACAGAUCCUCGGUCUGGAGUCGUUACUGGGCGUUGAGCACUUGUGGCCGGUUCUGAUGGGUUUAAGUGUUGUGCCGACUGUAUUGCAGAUGGCACUUCUGCCUUUCUGCCCCGAGAGCCCUCGCUUCCUCUACAUCGUCCGCUGCCAGGAGCACCAAGCCAAGAGAGGUCUGAGGAGGUUGACGGGCCGUCAGGAGGUGGGCAGCAUGCUGGCUGAGAUGAAGGAGGAGAAGAGGAAGAUGGACAUGGAGAGGAAGGUGUCCAUCCUGGAGCUCUUUCGCUCUCCGCUCUAUCGCCAGCCCAUCAUCAUCUCCAUCCUGCUGCAGCUCUCUCAGCAGCUGUCUGGGAUCAACGCAAUUUUCUACUACUCCACCAGUAUCUUCCUAAAGGCAGGAGUCCAGAGUCCAGUCUACGCCACCAUAGGAGCAGGCGUGGUGAACUGUGCCUUCACUGUGGUCUCGCUCUUCCUGAUAGAGAGGAUGGGUCGACGGACGCUCCACAUGCUUGGACUUGGUGGGAUGUGCAUCUGUGCCGUCAUCAUGACCACCGCUCUUGCUUUGUUGGACAGUGUCCCAUGGAUGAGCUACAUCAGCAUGCUGGCAAUCUUUGGCUUCGUGGCCUUCUUUGAGAUCGGCCCCGGUCCCAUCCCCUGGUUCUUUGUAGCCGAGCUGUUCUCUCAGGGUCCGAGGCCGGCUGCCAUGGCUGUGGCCGGCUUCUCCAACUGGACCGCCAACUUCAUCAUCGGCAUGUGCUUCCAAUAUGUUGCUGACCUGUGUGGGCCAUACGUCUUCUUGAUCUUUGCAGCACUCCUCCUCUUCUUCCUCAUCUUCACAUUCUUCCGGGUGCCGGAGACGCGGGGCAAGACCUUCGACCAGAUCACAGCAAACUUCCAUCAGCACUCUGCAGGAGGAAUGAUGGAUAUGGACAUGGACUUGGACAUGGAUCUGGACAAGCCCAGCACCGAGCUGGACUAUUUGGGGGAGGAAAGCAUCAACUGA